UUCAGUCCCAGAAGGGAGCUGCUGUCUGAGGAAGAAGCUGCAUCUUCACUCGCCAGCCACGAGAGGACCUGGGGUCGCGCCGGGCGCCCGACGGACCCUGCUCAGGGACCCGCCUGCCCCACACCGACCGGCCCUGCUGGGCCCUCCGCACCAGGUGCCCCAGCCGCAGCCUUACCUGCGGGCUCCAGGAUCCGCAGGGCUUCUAGAGGAUGCUCGGGCCACCGACAGGGACCUCGGGGCAGCAGUGAGGGGGGGCACCCAGCCCCCCAUUCAGCUCCUGUCCUCCUGUGCCAGGGGCUCCCCCGGGGUACGAGCAUGGUGGUUUUCCCUUGGAGCCCCCUGGCUUGGUACGUCUGAGAAGAUGCCUGCCAUGAGGCUGUUCACUUGCUUCCUGCAGCUCCUGGCUGGGCUGGCCCUGCCUGCUGUGCCCCCCCAGCAGUGGGCCUUGUCUGCUGCGAACGGCUCAUCAGAGGUGGAAGUGGUGCCCUUCCAGGAAGUGUGGGGGCGUAGCUACUGCCGGGCCCUGGAGAGGCUGGUGGACAUCGUGUCUGAGUACCCCGGCGAGGUUGAGCACAUGUUCAGCCCGUCCUGCGUCUCCCUGCUGCGCUGCACGGGCUGCUGUGGCGAUGAGAACCUGCACUGCGUUCCAGUGGAGACGGUCAAUGUCACCAUGCAGCUCCUGAAGAUCCGCUCUGGGGACCGGCCCUCCUACGUGGAGCUGACGUUCUCUCAGCAUGUGCGCUGCGAGUGCAGGCCUCUGCGGGAGAAGAUGAAGCCAGAAAGGAGGAGACCCAAGGGCAGGGGGAAGAGGAAGAGAGAGAAGCAGAGACACACAGACUGCCACCUGGCCUGUCUCCUUCCACCAACAGGACUCAGGAAAUCAUUUCAUGCCAUGGGACUGGGGCUGGCCAAGUCCUACCCCAUGAGCCCAACCCUGCACGAGCGGAGACCUCCACCCCACUCUGUGAAGCUAGGGAUGCUGGGGAGGAUUCUGGGUGCGGCGAUACUGUUCCCCGGAGGUAACCAGCCCCUCGGAGGAGAGAGACCCCACACCCAGCUCGUGUAUUUAUUACCGUCACACUCUCAGUUACCUCCCUGCUGGCACCUGCCCUCUAUUUAUUAGCCAAUUGUAUCCCUGCUGAAUGACUCACUCCCUCCAAGAGGAGGGGCAGGGAGGGACAGGACCCUCAGGAAUUCAGUGCCUUAAACAGAACGUGAGAGAAAGAAGACAGACCCAUGUGGCUUCAGCUUGGGAAGAAGCAAGACGUGUGGCUUUGUGAGGGGCAGGCCAGGCCCCAGAGGCUCCGGGGGUCACCAGGGGGCUGGAGAGGGAAGGACUGGAGACCCACCGCCUGCCCCCCGGCCUUGGGCUCUGCAUGGACCAGCAGCCCUUGCUGGGGGAGCUCCUGGCCGGGGUGGGAGUGGAGAAGCCUGCUCCCACUGGCCCUGCUGGGAGAGUGAGCAGGCAGCAGCUCUGCACCCUCUUCCUGGCAGCAGCUCUACCCCUGGAGAUCAGAACAUUCAGCUGUGGAGAACAGUGGUUGCCUGGGGGCCUUGGCCACUCCUUGUCCCCUAGGUCUGGCCUCACAUCUUGCCACUGCUUGUGCUGGGACAUUGUUCUUUACGGCUAAGGCGUCACCAUCCUGCCCCUCCCAGGGACACAGGCAAAGAGUGGCCCCAGGCUGGACAUGGAGCGAGCUGCCCCCGCGUGGCUGUUUGACCACCAAGCCAGAUUCUCUUGAAUAAAGUAUUUUAGUCUGGAAACAGCUUUCCAGGGGAGUGUGUCGGCCAGAGCAGCGGGCAAUAGCAGGACAUGGAAGCAGGACAGAAGUAAAAGGAACCGUGGGCUCCAGGGCUCCCCGGGGGUAGCUCGAGCCUGUUGCUGCAGCUCCCUGGGGCAUCUUCUCCCAGGUGCUUUAGGUACGGCCCUGAGGCCCACUCCUCCCGUAAUGAGGGGUUCCCAGGAUGGAGGCUUGGCCCCAAACUUGGGAGGCCCUGACCCCAGCCACCCCGAUCACCCUCAAAUUCAAGAGCACAGUCCCCUUCCUCUCCCUGCCAGGGCCACCCUAUACCCAGCCCAGUGCCCGACCCUCUGGACCCUGAGUGAAUGGGGGCUCCCAGGUGCCACGGACUGUGGCCCUGGGGGACUGAACUGCACCACCUCCAACCCACGCUGGCUGCUGAACGCAGGGAUUGGCAGAUGCUGCCUGAUCUCUUCCUCCUUUGACCUCCUGUCUUCCUCUGUCUUCCUCCUGAACACCUUGGCAUGAAAUGAGAAAAACAUGUUUUUUCUUUUUUCAAUCCCAUACACUUACUCUCUGAUUCCGUUCUGCCUUUGACCCACAAGAUGUGUUUGUUUUCCUGUUGUGUUUUGGGAAGGGGAGCUCCCUGUUCUCUCUAAUUGCAGGCUGCUCAGACAAAGCCACAAGGCCCGGGGGCAGGGGCCCGCCCCAGGCUUUGGAAGGAAGCCACGGACGCUCCAGUGAGGUAGGUGGAGUGGGGAGGCCCUGCUGAGGCCCUUGGUGGUCUGUUCACCGAGGCCUGGGCCCCCCUGGAGGACAGUCUGGUCAGAAUGUGCUUCUGGCUGGUGAUCACAGAGUAGGGGUGGGCCAGCCCCGGGGGACACGCUUUGCAAAAGAAACGCACUUUCUCUCCAGCUUCUCCACUCUUGGGCUUACGCAUUCUGAGCCGUUGCCUCUGACAGACUGAGAACUGAGAAGAGCACCCCUCCCCCUUAGGCUCUGAUGUGGCCCCAGGGACCCUACCGCAGCCCUUGCAGCAUCUCCAAGGCUCUCAGAUUCACAAGUCACCCACAUGGAGGUCUGCCUCCCCACCCAGACCAGCCACCUCUGUAGAGAACUAGACAGAGACCAGGGGAGCAUCCAGAGGCCAGAAGCAAAAGUCUGCAUCCGGGCCAGAGCCUCACAGCAGGAGUCAGUAGGAAAGGAGCUGACUGUCCACUUGACUACACUGGCCGUCCCUCCAAAUCAUUUAGGACCUAGAGGGCCCUUUUCCUUUGCUCUUUAUAUAUUUGUGGAGCCCCACCUGUGUACUUGACACUGUCCUAGGCACCAAGGACUCAGUGGGAAAUAAAACUCCCAGGACCUGCUCUCAUGGAUCUUGUAUUUAGUGGAGAGACAGACCAUAAUCGUGGUCCAAUAAGGAUGUUGGGUGGACUUUAUUCUUUUUCAAAUUGGAGACUGGACCAUAACUUAGGAAAAAGGGGUCUUGAGUAUCCCACACUCUAAAACAAAGAAGAAGCAAUUUGGGGCUGGACACAUCUGCCUACAGGAUUUAUUAAGAGAUGGCUGAAGUAAUCCUGCUAGGCUCAAACAUCACCCAGCAUCCCCUUCCUCGGUCUCCGUAAGCGGAGGACCAGGGAGGGGGAAAGGAGAGAGAAGGAGGGGAGGUCACCAGAGACCUGGGUUGCUGGCCCCUUCUCGUCUCCCUGGAGCUGGAUUUGUCAUUCAGAUUAGCCCAUGUGCUAGCUGGCUGGGAGUUGGAGGAAUGGAGAACUGAAUAGUGAGUAACAGAGGAUGGGGAGAGGGGACACCUCAGCACCUCCAGCGGGAGUUUCCAGGGGGACAUAGGGGAAGGUGAAUGGCCACGAGCCUCCUUUCCCGUGUUCUCCCAAGAGGGAUACGUGCAGAUGAGGAAACCCCAGAGGCUCGAGGCUGUGGACCUAGGGUUGGGACAGUAGCUGAGUGGAGGUGUCAGGUAUAGAUCUGGAAAGGGCACACAGUAGGGAGCAGUGCGUGGGGUAGCCCUGUAGUGUGCAGUGCACCCACGUGAGAGUGGGCAUCUAGACGCCCGUCAUACGAGGCACAUUCAUAGCUGGAGAAGAAAUGGCCACAGCGAAGAGAAACUUUCCCCUAAUUUCUCCUUCCCGGCCCUGUGAAAAAAGAGAAAGGGACUUUGGCGAGGAAAAUAGAGAGGAGUACAGGGGCAGACUAUGCCUCUCCCCGCUCCCUUGAGCCAAGUCCAGGCCCUGCCCAGGGGAGAGAAAGGGCUUAGUCUUAAAUUGGAUGGACCAGCCUAGAUGGGGCUGGACCUUUAAUAAAUUAAAGUGACAGGAACAUUAGAAGGUCUGCCCAAGAUGCUAUUAAGAAACAGGAAAAGGAGGAUCAACAUAGUUAAUCUACAAGCAAUGAUGAGAGAAAGAAACUGGUUGGUUUGUGCUCCCACGGUUUGCUCAAUAAGCAAUCUAUACAUGUAAACAGAGAAAUUAACGAGAAAAUGACUUAUUGCCAGAAUACGGUUCUGGCAUAUUAGAGAUGGCCCUUCCUUUGAGUUGAUCUGGGUCUGCUUUGAUCAAUAGAGUAUAGCAGAAGGGACUUUAUAAUUGUUCCAAGUCCUUUAAAGAGCACUGGCAGCUUCUGCCUUGGUCUCUUGGAACCCUGGGCUGCCAUGUAAGCAGUCCAACUAUUGUGAGGUCACCAUGUUGGAAGGAAGCCCAAGCUAGCAAUUUAGAUACGUAUGGAUAUGUAGGCAGGGGUAGCAGCCAGCUUCCAGUUGCUCCAGCUCCCAGGCAUUACAGUCAUCUCAGCUGAAGCCCCAGACCCCAUAGAGAAGAGAGACAUUAGCUGUACCCACUGUCCCCUGUUUGAUUUCCUAAUCCAUAGAAUUAUGAGAUGUAAUAAAAACAAAGUGUCUGGGGGCAGUUUGCUAUGCAGCAAUAGGGGCUGAAUGGAAAAUAAGGAAAGGUGAUGAGAUAGUGUUUGGGGAAGGUUCUCUAGACCAGGAGGUCAUGGAAGGCCUCUCUGUGGAGGUGACAUUUAUGGUGAAGUUAUGGUCAUGUGAAGAUCACUCCAAAACAGGACAAGAGCCCUUUGAACAGAAAACACAGCUGAUGCAAAGGCCUAGAAGGAAUCCCAGUGUGGCUAGAGUGUGAUGAGUAAGGAAGGAAGGGCCAGGAGAUGUGAUGUUAGAGGUAGGCAGGUCAUGAAGGGCUUUGCAGGGUAAGGAGUUUGAAUUUUGUUGUAAUGUAGAGGGAAACCAUUGGAGGGUUUCAAGCAGGGGAAUGAAGUGGCAUUACGUACAUUUUUGAAAGAUCACUCUGCCUUCCAUGCGGAGGAUGGACUUUAAGGGCACAAGCCCAGAGGUACAAAUACCACCUAGAAGGCUAUAGCAAAUCCAGACAACCAAUUAUGGUGGCUUUGUCUAGGAAGAAGCACAUGGAAUGGAGAGAAGUAGAGUUUGGUCUUAAUUAUGCAUGUGGGCUCGUUACUCCGAUCAUUCAUUCAUUCAUGAACAUUUUUUGAGUUUACUAGGACCAGGCAUUUUGUAGAAGAUACAUGUGUGAAGGGACAAAAUAUGUUAGCACAUGAAAGUCUUUCCAGUGUCCCCACUUACUAAAGAAAAUCCCAUUCUGGAAGAAAUAAGGAUAAAGAGAGAGGUCUUAGCUGGAAAGACUAAGUUGUUUACCUGAGAACUAAGAGAGAGAAGGCACGAUUCUGAGAGAGAAAUAAAAGAUGCCAGGGCCAGAGCCAGAGAAAGAGCUUGGUGCUCUGUUUGGAGCUUCUGAUGAUUUAAGACAGCAUGGGGAGCGAAGGAAGGGUUUGGGGAAUGUUGCUACACUUCCCUAAUGCUGAAGGCCCUAAUGUUCUUAGGCAGAAACCCAACCCAGUGAAACACCUGGAUUAGCUAGGAUUACACAGAGAUAGCUAAGACAUUGUCCCUGCUCCUAGAAAAACUCGUCAAAGGAAUCAGAUACGCACAGGUGAUCACAACAGAAGGAAAGAAGGCCACAUAGCUUCAGCAAAGGCAGAUGGAGUGCUACUAAAGAAAUCCGAGCUGAGCUGAUUUACCCAUGGAGAAAGUCAGGGCCAGCUUUGCAAAGUCAGUGACAUUGAGGAAUAGGCAAGCCUGAGUGCAGGGAGAUGGCUGGGGAAGGUGUUCUAGGUGGAGGCAACCCACUAACAAAGACCCAGAGGUGCACCGCCUCCCCCAAAUCCGGGGUAAAAGCCAGGGCUUUUCCAGUGGUUCAGUGUGACUGACGCUUAAGGUAGGUGCAGCAGAGGAGUGAUGGAUAAGGCCAGAAGGUGGGCUGGGCCCCAGGCGCCAUCCUCGGGAGGCAGGACUUUGCGAAGCAGCGGGAGGCACGGAAGUGUUCUAGGCAGGAGGGUGAGGUGAUCUUGGAAUUCCAAGCUGAAAGAAAAUUUACAAAUAAUCCAUUUCCAUACCCUCAUUUUGCAAAUGAAGAAGCUGAGGGCCAGGUGCGUCCAAAGCCGUGGAAGUUAAGUGAGUCAGAAUUUCACAAUUGACCAGUAAGUGACAGGAAUGGAAUUGAAUCCAGAUCUGGAUCCAAACUCCGUGCUCUCUACCCCUCACCGCAUCAUCUCUCCUCAGGAUGGAGCGCAGAGGAGGGGAGGGGAGGAGAACUGUGUCUGCUCCAAACCUAAGAGGCAGGCCAGACAUCUGCGUGGUGGGUCCACAGAACGGGCCCCUCUGCACACACUGGUGGGAAACCGAGGCUCCAGACAGGGCGGUGACAGGACAGAGCCUUGGUGUGGAAAGACGGCUCUGUCAGCACCGGAGCCCGGCAGCUGUUUUCCUAGAGAAGGCCGACCCUUCCCUUUCCUGAGGGAAGCCUGGAGUGUGCUCUCCCUACCCCGACGCUGGCCGUGACUGAGGCAGAUGAGGGCCUGGUCCCUGCUAGCCAUCUGUGGAUCCCACCUCACAGGCCACGGGGCUCCAGGCCAAAAAGAUAGUGUUUCUAGCCCCUGAGGUAGCUUUUUACCAUGGCAACCACCAGGCAGGACAGUCCGGCGGGGAGGAGGGUGAGGGCUUCCCCACGGGGCUGGGCACCCUCCCACCCGCAUUCCUCCCACGGAGAGGGCGUUACCUCGGUGACGGGCAGAGGGGCCCUGCGGCCAUACUGACCUUCCGUCCAGGCACUUUGGAGAAUCAGCCCCUGUCCUCACUGGACUCGGAAGAGGAGAGUCCCCCACUGCCAGCCCCCAUCUCUAGGCCUAGUCCUUCUUCUCUCCCAUCUAAGGCCCCGGCUCCCCCACCCCCACCCCCACCCAGCAGUCAGCCGGGCCCCCCAUGAGUCACCGUGUGAGCCACUCAGCAACGGGAGCCUCUGUGCUCACACAGCCAGGCCGGCAGCCCCGGUUGUUUACAGACAUGUAACCGCCUGACGCCCCCAGCGGGGGUCUGAGGUUUAGACUGUAAUGAUGGUGAUAUCCGCCCCUCCUUGAGCUCUUUAUCCCUCCCAAAGCUGUCCCUGCCACAGUCCUCUUCGGAAGCCUGUGAAGUCUUUUCAUUUGCCAGACAAGCUGGAAGGAAGUACUGAGAGGGUGAGAAAUCUGCCCGAGGAAUUCCAGCCCCAGAGUCUCUGGAGGGUCCAGGGGGCUGACAGCUGGCCGCGGCUGCCACACAGCGAGGCAGAAGCUGAGGCCUCGCGGGCUCUGAUCGGCUCGUGGACCCCGGGCCAGCCCUUUGGGGUCAUGGAGGUCAUCACUCAGGAGGGAGGGCCCAAUCGGAACCUGAGGGUAGGGGGGAACCUGAGGGUAGGGGGGCACCCGGGAGCUAUGCCUCCCCCACCCCAGGUCACUGGAAAUACAACUUCUCACCAGACCUGCGGAGGUAAGGAGGGAAUAGCACUCUUCUCUCACAACCAAGUCCUGAGUCCAAAUCCAGGAAGCUCUGGGUGCCUUUGGGAUCCUUCUUUAGAAACCAGUCCUGGCCAAUCAGGAUUAGCUGUAGCACAAAGACUCCACCUGGGCUGUUUCACUGAGACCCUUCAUCUUCAUGUAUGUGUGGACUGCCCUGCCAUCUCUUCCCUUCUCUUUCCUUCUCUUCCCAUCCUCUCAGGAAAAGAUGGAUUGUUAUGUGGCUGUAGUAACAAGUAACUCUUAGCACCAGUUAUCUACCCGGCUUCUUCUAUGACCACUUGUUUCAGUAACCAUGCUCCUGGAGCCGCACGCUCCAGCAGUCAUAGCCCACCCUUCUGAGAAUAACCAGUCAGCAGCGACCUCACUCCAUUGACGGUGCUUCUAGAGCCAAAGGUCGACCAUUCCUAAACACUCUGAAAGUUGACCCAUCGCUGAACUCCACGCUUCCCCAAAGCCUAUAUGAGAUGACCUCUCCCCCUUGCUCAGAGAUGCCUUUGCAGGUACAGCUCUCUUAAGCAAGCAGUACACUCAAGACUCCUGUUUCUGAUAGUGAGCGGUCACAUCUUCCUUUAAAACUCUGCCCCCCACCCAGAUAUUUCCUAUAACCUAUCACAAAUUCCUCCAAAAUCCAGAGAACGAGCAAUACAUUUUUUUCAGCUUUGGUAUAAAUUUGGCCUAAGCUGGGACCUCAAGUGCCUUCCUUCUUAUCCCUCUGCCCUCCCCCAACAUUCCAGCUCCAUCCUGGACCCACAGGGAGCAUCCACAAGACAAAUAAACCUCUCUUUUGAUAAAGUGGAUCACUUCCCUUGGCAUAAUUUUGGGCAUGUUGCGUUAUGUCAAAUGACCCCCUCCUCCUCCCACCACCAGGCAUGAAGACAGGGAGAAGGGAGGAGGUGGAGGAGACAUCCUGACACUGAAAUGAGAUCGUAAUAUAUUCAUGAUGUUAUAACUUGCUUCUUAAACUUCAUAUGUUGUAGACAUUCCCCACGAUAGAUAUUCUUCUACGAUAUAGUUUUUUAAGCACUGAAUUGCUUUGCGUCACUUGGAUAUCCCGUAAUUUGAUUACUCGAUCUGUUGCUGGAUAUUUAGUUUCUCUUUGUUGUUGUUGUAAUAAACAAUACUAUGAGGAACGUC